GACUUGUCGCAUUGUUUGACGCGACUCGUAGACCGAUAAAAAAUAUCAAGGACUUUGGAGUCGCAACAGCACUCUAGUUCUGCCACUUCAUCAACAACGGUGAACUUUCGGGGAAAUGGGUAUCCCAGCAGCUUUCAAGUGGCUUUCCACAAAAUAUCCCAAGAUUCUAUCUCCUGUCAUUGAGGACCACCCAAAAGAUGUCGACAACGUCGCGAUACCGGUUGAUGCUACUCAGCCGAAUCCAAAUGGAGAAGAGUUCGACAACCUCUAUCUUGACAUGAAUGGAAUCGUUCAUCCAUGCUCGCAUCCCGAGGAUCGGCCUCCUCCAGCCAACGAGGAGGAGAUGAUGCUUGAGAUUUUCAAGUACACCGAACGAGUGUUCAACAUGGUUCGACCUCGAAAGCUACUAAUGAUAGCCGUUGAUGGCGUUGCCCCACGAGCAAAGAUGAACCAACAACGUUCGAGACGUUUCCGAUCAGCACAAGAAGCCAAAGAGAAGGAUGAAGACAAAGCGGAACUAUUGAAAAUGCUGAGGUCUCAAGCAGGAGGCCAAGUCGAAGAAUCUACGUCUGAGGCGAUGGUCACAAAAACCUGGGAUUCCAACGCCAUUACGCCAGGAACGCCAUUCAUGGAUAUUCUUGCGGCAAGUCUACGCUAUUGGACAGCCUAUAAACUUAACACAGACCCUGCGUGGGCAAAGGUUAAGGUUAUCCUAUCAGAUGCCACCGUGCCUGGGGAAGGAGAGCACAAGAUUAUGCAGUUCAUACGAUCCCAAAGAUCUUCCCCGGACCAUGAUCCGAAUACAAGACACGUAAUAUACGGUUUGGAUGCCGAUCUUAUUAUGUUGGGAUUGGCUACGCAUGAGCCACACUUUCGUGUCCUGCGCGAAGAUGUAUUUUUCCAAGACUCCAAGGCUCGAACCUGUAGGUUGUGCAACCAGAAAGGACACGAAGCAAGGGAAUGUCGGGGCCAGGCAAAGGAAAAGGACGGAGAGUUUGACGAGAAAGACUCAGUUCAACCAUUGAAGCCUUUCAUUUGGCUACAUGUAUCAGUACUACGAGAGUAUCUUGAAGCUGAACUUUACGUCCCUAACCAACCCUUUCGAUUUGACUUGGAGAGAGCCAUCGAUGACUGGGUAUUCAUGUGCUUUUUCGUCGGAAACGAUUUCUUGCCUCACCUGCCAAGUCUCGAAAUUCGCGAGAACGGUAUCGAUACCCUGAUGGCCAUUUGGCGUGACAAUAUCCCUCACAUGGGAGGCUAUGUGACAAAAGAUGGCCAUGUUGACCUGGAGCGGGCACAAUUCAUUAUGGAUGGGCUAGCUAAACAGGAGGACGCAAUUUUUCGCCGCAGACGCCAGACAGAAGAGCGUCGAGAUGCCAAUGCUAAGCGACGAAAACUUCAGGAGGAAAAUAAUGGGCGUGGUGGCAGAAAUGAUACUCUAAACAAAGGGAGAUUCAAUGGUAGACCCUCGAAUGCUCCGAUCGAUUUCCCGCUUAUAGUUCCCGGAAAUGUCACCUCCAGCAUUUCCAAGGAGGCUCGUUCUAUCACGCACGAAAUGGUCGUCAAUCGCGGAGCGAUAGACAAGGCGAAUGUAGCUAAUAAGAGUGCAGCGGCUGCUCUGAAGAGCCAGUUAACUGGGGUAAAGGGACCAGUGGAUGAUACUACUUCGACCCCACCAGUUAUUGAGACUGUUGCAACCUCUUUCGAGAAUAACAUCUUAUCAGGGUCGCCCAUCUCAGCUCUAGGGAAGAGAAAGGCGGAUCUGAUCGAAGAUGACGGGUCAAACACGCCUGUGACAGACACGUCGGAGCCGGUUACACCAAGUGCCCCCGUUGAUGAGGCUGCAGUCGACAAUGUUCGCUUGUGGGAAGAUGGUUAUGCCGACCGUUACUACGAACAGAAGUUCAAAGUUGAUCCGAGAGACACAGAGUUUCGCCACAAAGUUGCAAAAGCUUACGUCGAAGGUUUGGCGUGGGUAUUAUUAUAUUAUUUUCAGGGUUGCCCAUCCUGGGAGUGGUAUUAUCCAUAUCACUACGCACCAUUCGCGGCGGACUUCGUUGGAUUGGCUGAUAUGAAGAUCAGCUUUGAAAAAGGCCGAAUAUUCAAACCAUUUGAACAGCUGAUGGGUGUCAUGCCUGCAGCAUCCCGACACACUAUACCAGAUGUCUUCCAUGACUUGAUGACAAACGAAGACAGUGAAAUAAUCGAAUUUUAUCCUCCGGAAUUUCCGAUUGACCUUAACGGCAAGAAAUUCGCCUGGCAAGGCGUUGCUCUAUUGCCUUUCAUAGAUGCGAAGAGGCUUCUGGCCGCGAUGGAGCAGAGGUAUCCUUUACUACCACCGGAAGAAGCAGCUCGAAAUACGCUAGGAAAUGAUGUGUUGCUUGUGUCCGAGGCCCAUCAAAGCCUCUACGAUGACAUUGCUACCCAUUUCUACUCCAAGAAACAAGGCUCUCCUCAGUACCAACUGAACCCUCGCAUUAGUGACGGCCUGGCUGGAAAGGUCGAAAAGAAUGAUGUCUACCUUCCCCAUGGUUCGCUGACAUAUCCGCUGGAUGGAGAUAGCAUGCCAAGUCUCGAUGAAGACCGGUCAAUCAGCGUCCAUUAUGAAAUGCCACGAUCAACACAUGUCCACAAGUCAAUGCUGUUACGAGGCGUAAAGUUUUCGACCCCCGCCCUCAACCAAGAUGACAUCCAAGCUACGAAGGGCCGUGCGGCAAACGCAGGACGAAAUCCCGGUGGUUAUUCGCAAAGGGGUCAAUAUGGCGGCAGGGGCCGUGGGGGAGGAUCUCAGAACUACGGGAAUCAAUCGUCGAACCCGUAUCCUAGACAGCAAUCUUCAUCGCGACAGGCCUAUGGUAACCAGCCCGCUUACAACCAGUACCCCGCCCCACCGCAAGGCUGGCAACCGCCUCCACCUGGUGUCGGUGGCUUCGCCCGUAACCCGCCUCCACCUCCACCUGGGAUGCAAGUUCCAUACCCUCCAGGUCGCGCGCCGCAGGGAGGUCCACCAAACGCUCAGUACGGCUCACACUAUUCAGCGGCACCGAAUUACCCACAGUAUGAUAACAACCGUUCAAAUGGCAGUCAUGGCAAUGCUGGAGGCGGUCGACCAAGAGAUAAUUACCGUUAUUAGAUCAUAUCGAUAUUGCUAGAGUAGCGAAUCACUUGUAAAAAUUAUACGAUAUUUGAAACUAUG